CAAAUGUUUACGAUAAAUAUUACCAAGACAAACUGUGCAGCCCGGUACCGAAUGAUCCACGGCCCGGUACAGGUCCACGACCCGGUGGUUGGGGACCCCUGGUCGAGCUGACAAAGGGAUCUUAUUGUAGGAACUAUUUUCUUUCUACCGAACUACACCUGCCAACCGUAUCACUGCGCAGAAGGAAGCGCUGCAGGUAAGAGGAAAAAGAUCUUUAAAUGUACAAUAUGUAAUGUUCUGCCGCUACUGGUGCACAUUACUUUGUUACAUUCAUUUCUGUAGGUUUGAAAAGUGUUGGAAACAUUUGGGAUAAUGUAAGUAGUUUUACAUUUAAAUGCAGAAAUGUUGCACCUUUAACGAAGAGCAAUACCAGAUGUUCCUCCUCUUAAACAUUAUAUUCUCUUGCUGAACAGAAUAAAACAUGUAUAGUUCUCCCACCAUGUGAAUCCUACAGCUCAGAGCAGAACCUUCCGGAAGGAGCCUUCAUCUGUGACGCACCACAUCACUCGGGCUCUGGGGAGACGAGCAGACCGGGGGGGGAGGGGGGGGGGGAGUGAUGCUUUAAAAACAACACACCCUUUCCUCCCUCGACGGUCCUGUGCUUUGCUUUCCCUCUCCAGAAAUGGGAGCAGAGAAUUCAAACACAUUAAAUACACUAACAAUAAAAGUGCAGCAUCAGCUAAAUAUCAAACAUGGCCCUGGAAGCAGCGGAGGAGCCGGGCCGCGCAGGAUGUUCCAAAGGUUGUGGUUGUGGCUGUGGGAGAUGUUGGAUGGAGCCAGAAGAACAUCAGACUGACAGGGUUGGGCCAAACAGCAGGUGGUGCAGAAGAGAAGCCCGGACAUGGGAUUUACAGAUCUCUGCCUCUCUUACUUCUGAACAAGACAAGCAUGAAGGAGCAACAAAGCCCAGAAGACUCAGGUGUCGCAGUAAUAGCGUCUCCGGCCGACGCUCGCUGAAUAAAGAUGCACACGGACUUGGACGGACAAAUCCCAUGACUCAAAAGAGGAGAAAGACGUCCACCCGUUCACCGUCUGUGAGGAUGUGAGUCGUCGGGCUACGAAGACAUGGAGAUGCUUUUUUGUUUCGUGUCUGGAAUCUACAGAUGAACCUUGAUGUCAACAUGGGGUCACCGAUUUGUUUCACUCCCCUGACUUCUGUCAGCAGGUUCAACGCUGCAUAGAUGAUUCCUCCUGUGAAGAGACAUCACUGGGAACUAACAGGGUCCAAUGAUGUAGCAGCUACAGGUGACUUACAUGUGGCCUAUGAUUCAAGACAGUCCAAUCGCAGUCAGUAUGGAAGUGCAGACAACCUCUCUGCUCUGGAUAUAUGUUAACAGUACAGAACAGCUGAACGCUUCAUAUGACUUUAACACGACUGAAGACUCAAACCGAUCUUACACGAUCGGCCUCUUCCUGUCCUGCCUCUACACCAUUCUCCUCUUUCCUAUUGGAUUUAUCGGCAACAUCUUAAUCCUGGUGGUGAACCUGAACCACCGAGAGAAGAUGACCAUCCCCGACCUUUACUUUGUUAACCUGGCUGCAGCCGACCUCAUCCUGGUGGCAGAUUCCCUCAUCGAGGUCUUCAAUCUGAAUGAGAAAUACUACGACUACGCUGUCCUCUGCACCUUCAUGUCCCUGUUCCUGCAGGUCAACAUGUACAGCAGCAUCUUCUUCCUCACGUGGAUGAGCUUUGACCGAUACAUUGCCUUGGCUAGCUCCAUUAGCAGCAGCCCGCUGAGGACUAUGCAGCACGCCAAGCUCAGCUGCGGCCUCAUCUGGAUGGCGUCCAUCCUGGCCACCCUCCUCCCCUUCACCAUCGUGCAGACGCAGCACCGGGGUGAGGUGCACUUCUGCUUCGCCAACGUCAUUGAGAUACAGUGGCUGGAGGUCACCAUUGGCUUUUUGGUGCCCUUCUCCAUCAUCGGUCUCUGCUACUCUCUGAUCGGGAGAAUCCUCAUGAGGUCGCAGAAGCACCGGGGGCUGUGGCCGCGGCGGCAGAAGGCCCUGCGCAUGAUCGUGGUGGUGGUUCUGGUGUUCUUCAUCUGCUGGCUGCCGGAGAACGUCUUCAUCAGCAUCCAGCUGCUGCAGGGCACGGCUGACCCGUCGCAGAGGACUGCUACCACCCUGUGGCAUGACUACCCGCUCACAGGUCACAUUGUUAACCUGGCAGCGUUCUCCAACAGCUGCCUCAACCCCAUUAUCUACAGCUUUCUAGGGGAAACCUUCAGGGACAAGCUGCGUCUCUUCGUUAAGCGGAAGGCCAGCUGGUCGGUGGUGAACCGCUUCUGCCACCACGGCCUCGAUUUACACCUCCCCGUCAGGAGCGUGGUGUCGGAAGUGUGACUGUUAAGAAGAGCGGCGGUUGUUAUAAAAGUCCACAAAAUGGGCUACAAAUUCUAUCCAAGUGACAUAUCACCCAGCGUGACACAAAACCUCAGCUUUCUUCUUCUGUCGGCUUCGCCUCGCACUCGUCUCAGUUCACCUGCUCACUUUCUGAACAAAAACACCAAAAAUGUACAAUCAAAGACGGAGGAAGGCGUGUUGUGUGCGGCACUUUGAGUAGAUAACAAUGCACACACACACACACACACACACACACACACACACACACACACACACUACUUAAAGCUGUUUCAGGUUCACGUUGGAUCGCUGUCUACAAGUGGAGUCUGCUGUGUUGUGUCUUCAAAAGGUUUGCUGGACUGCAAGACAGUGAGAAGCAAAACGUCAGACUCUACUCUUCAAAUAAAGCCAGCGGGCAGAAGUAACUAACGGAGAGAUGAGUGUCAGAGGAGAGCAGCGUUUGUGUAAGACAGACAAUAAUGAGGUUGUGAUAUCGAUCAUGCAAAACUUCAUCUUCUAUGUGGGACAACCUGCAGAAAUUGUGAAGGCUGCUUCUCAGCAUGCAUAGAGGAAAUAAUGCGUCACGUCAAAUCUAAUCAGGUUAUUUCAUCUGCAACAAGGGUCAGUUCAGUUAAAGCCCACACGUACUGUCACCUGUGUAAUAACAAGAUGAGCAUUCAUCAACUUCUAUACAAAUAAUUGAUAAACGAUCGAAUUUUGAUAUUCGAUUAAUCAGAAAAUGGCAGAAAAUGUUGUUUUUCAGCCUCUGGGAUGUGGAGACGUCCUGCUUCUCUCUGUUUUAUAUGAUAUACAAGUGAAUCUUUGGGUUUUGGACGGACAAAACAAGACAUUUAAAGACCUUGGACAUAUGCAAAUUAAUCGAUAAUGAAAGUAAUCGUUAGUUGCAGCCUUAAUACUCAUCAUCACCUUCAUCACCAUGUCAAGCUGUCAACAUGAAACACUGUAAUAACAAUCCACAACAUUACAGUUGUGUAAAACAUCAGGAUGCAACAAGAAGCAGUGACUCUCUCUUCACUGUAAAUCUUUCUGUUCCCUGUUUUCUGUCCUGAUGUGGAGGCAAACAUGGACAAUGCAAAGAAAUGUUCACAGAAAUGUGUUUUAUUUUUUAGA